AUGAAGCAUCUCGCGGCUUACCUCCUCCUCUCGCUCGGCGGCAACUCGAGCCCCAGCGCCAAGGACAUUGGCAAGGUCCUCUCCUCCGUCGGUAUCGAGGCCGAUGACGACCGCGUCGAGCUCCUCGCUGAGCUCGAUGGCAAGGACAUCAACGAGUUGAUCGCUGAGGGUUCGUCCAAGCUCGCUUCCGUCCCUUCGGGCGGUGCUGCUGCCGCUUCCGGUGGUGCUGCCGCCGGCGGUGCUGCCGCUGCCGAGACCAAGGAGGAGCCCAAGGAGGAGGAGAAGGAAGAGUCCGACGACGACAUGGGCUUCGGUCUCUUCGACUAA